GAUGGUAGAAUACUCAUUGGACCUCCAGAACAUCAACCUGUCAGCCAUCAGGACAGUCAGGGUCCUCAGACCCCUCAAAGCCAUCAACAGAGUUCCAAGUAUGCGUAUCCUGGUGAAUCUCCUCCUGGACACUCUCCCCAUGCUGGGCAACGUCCUGCUACUCUGUUUCUUCGUCUUCUUCAUCUUCGGUGUCAUCGGAGUGCAGCUGUGGGCGGGGCUACUGAGGAACCGCUGCUACCCCAAGGAAAACUUCACCCUUUCUAAGGACAUCUCCCUCCCUCGCCCCUACUACAUGGCAGACGAGGAUGAUGAGCGACCCUUCAUCUGCUCUCUCGCCCAGGACAACGGCAUCAUGGCGUGCACCGACGUCCCGGCCCGCCGAGAACUAGGACGCACCUGCUGCCUGGACAAGGACGAUGUGACACACAGACAGGGUUUGGGGCUGAGUCCUGAACCCCUGGUUAACGGGUCAGUGAGCGGGCCUGGACUGUGUGUCAACUGGAACCAGUAUUACACACGCUGUCACACGGGCCACAGCAACCCACAUAAAGGAGCCAUCAACUUCGACAAUAUCGCCUACGCUUGGAUCGUCAUCUUUCAGGUGAUCACCCUGGAAGGCUGGGUAGAGAUCAUGUACUAUGUAAUGGAUGCUCACUCCUUCUACAACUUCAUCUACUUUAUACUGCUCAUCAUCAUUGGUUCUUUCUUCAUGAUCAAUCUCUGCCUGGUGGUGAUCGCCACCCAGUUCAGUGAGACGAAGCAGCGGGAGCACCAGCUGAUGCAGGAGCAGAGAGCCCAGGCCCACUCUUCCUCUACUGUAGCCAGCAUGACUGAGCCCUCGGCAGGCUGCUAUGAGUCCGUCUUCCAGCUGGUCUGCCACGUCCUCCGCAAGGCCCGCAGGUAUGGAGUAUGGAGGCCCAUUCAUGCCAAAAUACAUUUGAAUAUUUCUAUUUCUCCCGACCACGCCUCCCCAGGAGACUCCAUCGCCCUCACCGUCUCCCCCGCCACCGACGGCUGCCCUCAUUGCACCGUCGCCCUGUCAAUCAGCGACGGGGCGGGACCUGCCGACAGCCUGGCCAAUUUGGAGGUGGAGGAAGGAGCUUUGGAGGAGACGGACGGGGAGGGCAGCAAAUGCGAUGCCGGGAAGGAGGAAGUGAAAGACGCGGCUCCCGCUAAGGUUUCUGGGGGAUGUAGGCGAGGGUGCGGGGAGCUGUGGGAGGAGACGAGGUUGAUGUUGUUGGGGAUCGUGGAGAGCAAGUACUUCAAUAGAGGAAUUAUGAUCGCUAUCCUCAUCAAUACCAUCAGUAUGGGCAUAGAACACCACAACCAGCCUGAGGAACUAACCAACGUGUUGGAGAUCUGUAACAUAGUAUUCACUAGUAUGUUUGCCAUGGAGAUGAUUCUGAAGAUAACAGCGUCCGGAUGUUUCAACUAUCUGAGAAACCCCUACAAUGUGUUCGACGGUGUCAUCGUCAUUAUCAGUGUGUGCGAGAUCAUCGGCCAGUCUGACGGAGGUCUGUCCAUAUUGAGGACCUUCAGACUCCUUCGUGUCCUGAAGCUAGUCAGGUUCAUGCCCGCGCUGCGCAGACAGCUAGUGGUCCUGAUGAAGACUAUGGAUAAUGUGGCUACCUUCUGUAUGCUGUUGAUGCUGUUCAUCUUUAUAUUCAGUAUCUUGGGGAUGCAUAUCUUUGGCUGUAAGUUCAGCCUGAAGACAGAGGCAGGAGACACUGUUCCAGACAGGAAGAACUUUGACUCUCUACUCUGGGCCAUCGUCACUGUGUUUCAGAUCCUAACUCAGGAAGACUGGAACACGGUGCUGUAUAAUGGAAUGGCUGCCACCUCUCCUCUAGCUGCUCUGUACUUCGUAGCUCUCAUGACGUUUGGGAACUACGUUCUCUUCAACCUGCUGGUGGCCAUCUUGGUAGAGGGAUUUCAGGCUGAGGGAGAUGCUAAUCGCUCCUAUUCAGAGGAUGACAGUUCCCCCUCUAACUUUGACGAGAGUGAGAAGCUUAAUGACUCUCUCAAACUGUCUGAUCCUAAGAUCUGCACUUUGACCCCUAACGGGCACCUGGAGUUGACCACGUUGACCCCGGUGAUGACCCCCAGGGGGUCGUACCCCACUGACAGGCUGACCUAUGCCCUGGGGUCACGGAAGAGCAGCGUUAUGAGUCUGGGCAAGGCCAACCUGGAGCAUAGGAGAUCAUUCUCUCUGCACCACGGCCGCAGUUCCCUGCACCACCAUUGGGGUCGCCCUCCCCCUCCUCAGAGUGCAUGGAACCGCAGCUGGAACAGCCUGGGUUGUCCCUCCCGCGGGCGAGGGGGGAUGGGAGCGGGUGUGGUGGGAGGAAGCCUCCGUGUCCGAAGCCCCCACUCCCACAUCCACUCCCUUUACCACUCGGCUGAGCACGAGUUCCUCCUCUCCCCCGCUUUCCACCUCCCCCCUCGCCACGCUCCCCCUCUCCCCCUCCUCUCCCGACGCAAUGCCAUCCGGCACCGGGACCGCCGCGCUCUCUCCCUGGAGCUCCCAAACAUGCUCCAGGUCCCCGGGGGACCUCCGCCUCGCCCCAACCCCAGGAUGAGGAGUGUUUCUGGGGGAGGGAGCAGCGGCAGUGGGGGUAUGGUAGUGGAGCACCAUGAUUGUAAUGGGAAGGCGGGUCCCCAGACUGCCCAACUCCUAGCGGAGGUCUUCCCUCAGCUGAACCUCGCCAAGGACAGAUCGGACCUGGAUGAGGAGACAGACUAUAGUAUGUGUUUCCGUAUCCAGAAGAUGAUGGAGGUGUACAGGCCUGACUGGUGUGAGAAAAGAGAGGACUGGUCUGUCUACCUCUUCUCACCACAGAACAAGUUCAGACUGCUAUGUCAGUCCAUUAUAGCCCACAAGCUCUUUGACUACGUGGUUUUAUCCUUCAUCUUUCUCAACUGUAUCACUGUAGCGCUGGAGAGACCCAAGAUACUGCAGAGCAGCUUGGAAAGACUAUUCCUCACCGUCUCCAACUAUGUCUUCACAGCCAUAUUUGUAGCUGAGAUGACCGUCAAGGUGGUCUCUAAGGGUCUGUACCUGGGUGAGAAGGCCUAUCUGAAAAGCAGCUGGAACGUUCUGGAUGGUUUCCUGGUCUUCGUGUCGUUGAUUGACAUUGUUGUGUCCAUGGCAGGCGGGGCUAAGAUCCUGGGGGUGCUGAGAGUGCUCAGGCUGCUCAGGACACUACGCCCUCUCAGGGUGAUCAGUAGAGCUCCAGGACUGAAGCUAGUGGUAGAGACUCUCAUCACGUCUCUGAAGCCUAUAGGAAACAUCGUCCUCAUCUGCUGCGCUUUCUUUAUCAUCUUCGGCAUCCUCGGUGUGCAGCUGUUCAAGGGGAAGUUUUACUACUGCCUGGGUUUAGAGGUGAAGAACAUCACCAACAAGUCUGACUGUCUCCAGGCUAACUACAGAUGGGUUCACCACAAAUACAACUUUGAUAACCUGGGACAGGCUCUGAUGUCUCUGUUUGUGCUGGCAUCUAAAGACGGCUGGGUCAACAUCAUGUACCAUGGUCUGGAUGCUGUGGGUAUAGACCAACAGCCGUCUAUUAACAACAAUCCAUGGAUGCUCCUGUACUUCAUCUCCUUCCUCCUCAUCGUCAGUUUCUUCGUUCUCAACAUGUUCGUGGGCGUGGUGGUGGAGAACUUCCACAAGUGCAGACAGAACCAGGAAGUGGAGGAGGCCAAAAGGAGGGAGGAGAAACGACAGAGACGCAUGGAGAAGAAGAGGAGGAAGGCCCAGAAGCUACCCUACUAUACCAACUAUAGCGAUGGUCGUCUAUUGAUCCACACUCUGUGUACCAGCCACUACCUGGACCUCUUUCUCACCUUCAUCAUCUGUAUCAACGUCAUUACUAUGUCCCUGGAGCACUACAGCCAACCACAGUCAUUGGAGACUAGUCUGAAGUAUUGUAACUAUUUCUUCACCACUACCUUCGUGGUGGAAUCUGUCCUCAAGCUCAUCGGCUUCGGGUUCCGACGCUUCUUCAAGGACAGGUGGAACCAGCUGGACCUGUCCAUAGUGUUGUUGUCAGUGAUGGGCAUCAUUCUGGAGGAGAUUGACUACAAUGCUUCUCUACCCAUCAACCCUACCAUCAUCAGAAUCAUGAGGGUGCUGCGGAUAGCACGAGUUCUCAAGCUAUUGAAGAUGGCUACAGGAAUGAGAGCUCUUCUGGACACAGUGGUUCAGGCUCUACCUCAGGUGGGGAACCUGGGCCUGCUGUUUAUGUUGCUGUUCUUCAUCUACGCUGCUCUGGGGGUGGAACUGUUUGGAGAGCUGGUGUGUAAUGCUGACUACCCGUGUGAGGGCAUGAGUCGGCACGCCACCUUCGAGAACUUCGGCAUGGCCUUUCUCACCCUCUUCCAGGUCUCCACCGGAGACAACUGGAACGGCAUCAUGAAGGACACCCUGCGUGAGUGCCCUCCAGGACCAAGUGACUACCCGUGCCACGCUGGACUCCAGUUCAUCUCUCCCAUGUACUUUGUCUCCUUCGUCCUCACCGCCCAGUUUGUCCUCAUCAACGUGGUGGUGGCCGUGCUCAUGAAGCACCUAGACGACUCAAACAAAGAGGCCCAGGAGGAUGCUGAGAUGGAUGCAGAGAUCGAGCUGGAGCUAGCCCAGGGACAACUCCAACUACCCACCUGCUGCAUGGGGGGGCUGGGCACUGGGCUGCUCGUGGCUGGGGCCUCUGGGGCCUCUGGAGCGCCUGGAUGUAGGGGUGGAGGUGGAGGGUUGGAAGGAGGGACCAGACGGAAGCUGUACUCACCUGCACAGGAGAGUCAGUGGUUGGACAGUGUAUCUCUGCUGAUAAAGGACUCAUUUGAAGGAGAGAUGCUGAUGAUUGACAACCUCUCUGGAUCUGUCUUCCAUCACUACUCCUCUACCUCUUCUCCUGUCUGGAAGGACUACAAGAGAAAUCUGCAAGAGAUCCGAUUGGCUGAGGUGGAGCAGGCGUCUCUGAUGUCAGAGCAGCUGUCUGACAAGUCGUCAUCAUUGGCCCUUCCUGAUGAUCUUAGUCUGGACGACCACAGUGACUACCAGCUACUGGUCAGGGACAGCAAGGAGGAGAGAGGGAGCAGUGACUCCCACAGUUCUGAGGAAUUGAGGGAGAUUCAGGCUGGGUGUGGAGGGCGUUGGGGGCACGGAGGUUCUCGACCCCACAGCAGAGGCCCUGAAGAUGGGGUAGGAUUCCUGCUCGAGGUGGGCGUCCAGCCCCAGUUCCAGAGCCAGUCUCUCCAGUUCCUCCACCACAACAGAGCCACAGCGGUCCCCCCACCCAUCCACAGGACGGUGGUAGACCCAGGGGGGAGAGAGGCAUCCAGGCUGCCUUCCCCAGCCUCCUGGGCCACUCUGCGCUCCCCAGGGGCCAACAGCAUGGUCCUAGACUCCCCAGGGGCCAACAGCAGGAUCCUAGCCUCCCCAGGGGCCAACAGCAGGGUCCUAUACUCCCCAGGGGCCAACAGCAGGGUCCUAGCCUACCCAGGGGCCAACAGCAGGGUCCUAGACUCCCCAGGGGCCAACAGCAGGGUCCUAGACUCCUCAGGGGCCAACAGCAGGGUCCUAGACUCCCAGCACCCGUCCCACAGUGACUCGUCCCUGGCCACAGGCAGCUCAGAGGGCAGCCUCCAGACCACCCUGGAGGAAGGUCUCAGCUUUAGCGUCUCCCCCCCUCGAGGAGACCUGGGACUCUCCCUGGCCCUGCCUCUCCUCUGCCCUCUCCCCCUCCCUCACCUCGACGAACCCCGACAAACCCCCAGAUCGCUGGUUCACCCCUCAAUGAGAGGCCACAGUACCGCAUUCAACCUCCAAGCCACUAGAGGGCACCAGAGGAGCCAGAGCAGCUGUGGCAGCAGCACCAGUCCCGGCUGCCCAAGGCAAGACUCUAUGGACCCUUCAGAUGACGAUUGUGGGAUAGGAAUAGGAGGCGAAGGAUCCAGUCAGGCUUUUAACAGCGAACAUUUAUCAGAGACACUUAGUAGUUUGUCUCUGACGUCACUGCUGUCACCUAGCUCCCUGGCACCCCCGCUGGUGAAAAAGUGUAAUAGCACUGGGAGUUUGGACCAGGCAAAUCUUUCUGUCAGGAAUAAAGAUGGACAACAGUACUAUGAGAUAGAUGCUCAUCGGUACCUCACCAACCCUUGGACUGAGAAGAGGGGUGGACAGGAAGGGGAGACGGGGUUUGGAGUUAAAAGUACGAGUCAGAUGAUGGAUGCCGGCUCGAGGAAAAACAGAUGA